AUGACGUCUACAGCACCUUCGAAUCAGCAACACCCUCAAGCCACAUCCGGCGAAUUCACCAGUAAUCAACCACCGGCUUCCUCAAAUACGGAUCAGAGCACACACAUCGCGACAAGUGGGUAUGCGCCGAGCGAGAAUCAGCUUGCUGGAUUGGUAGAAGCAGCUACGGCGGCGGCGGAUCAAGAUGUGUCCGAGUGGGCAGCCGCGGCCGCGGUUGCUGCAGCAGCUGGCGCAGCCGGGAACCAGCACCACCUCGAGGGCUAUGCGGCUGAUAUGCAAUUAGAGGAUGAUGGUUUUGGUGAUGGGGGUUACGCGGGGAUGGCUAGCGGGCGACAAUACCGCGGUCCCGGGUCAGCGUCUGGCAAUGAACACAACCAAUCAUCGGGAUUGGUUCGGACGGCAACGAAGAAGCGAAAAAGAAACGAGGAUGCACUUGAUCCGGCUUUAGCUGCUGCAAGUGCCGGACUUGGCUCGAACCAGGGUCAACCGCAACAUCAACAUCAGCCUCAACAUGUCAGUCAUCAUGCGAAUCCUUACGGUGGCGACGACCUGGAGAUUCGCAAUACUCCACCACAAUCGCUUGCGGAUGCGCGGGCUGUUGGCUUGCACUCUGCAGCGGCGCUGUUUCGGCAAACUUCAACCAACAAGAAGUAUACGCGGCCGCCGAUGUCAAAAAUGUUCACGUCGCUUGAGCUAUCGCCGGAGAAUUUCUUGCAUUUACAGGCAGCAGCCAAAGGAUACAUGUUGGAUGAUAGACACCCAGAGCGCCGUGAUUGCGUGGGUCAACGUGGGAAAGGAGAUACGGAGAUGGUCAAACUACGAUUAUGGAACUGUGUGCGCCACUUCCUCGAGGUUGAGGGCAAUGGUCCGCGAUUUUUCGGUGAGCACGUGGUUAACGAGGGCAUGCCACCCCGAACAUACGUCUGGCCUAGAGACCAGCAGAAGAUAAUCGCGCUCGUUAUCCCGUUAUUGAGGCGCAUGGUCACGAAUGAACGCCAACGACAAUAUGCUGUCGAAACCAGAAAGGGCGGCCCCGACACACGAAGAAGGCGUAAGACAGAAGACAGCAUCCAAGAUUUUCACAGCGCUAGCCCGCCUAGAUUCCCGUCCGACGAUCACCUUCAGAUGCAGGCGCAUCACCAGCUUCCGGAGGGAUAUAGCUCAGUUCAGCACCCUCCACCGGCGCCGCCUCCUCACGCGGAGUCAACUGUGCAGCCCACAGACUUGGGUCUUACUGACCUUUUCCUCGACGGUUAUGCCAACGAUUGGAAUUCAAUUUCCAAGUCGUAUGAUACAUAUAACCAAGACUACGAACUUGACAAUUUAUGGUCCCUUUCUGGAUUGCAACUAGGGGAUUGGCGGGGUCUUGUGGCGGCAGUUGAUAGUCAUUAUCAAAUCGUUCACAGUGGAGACUGCAACUGUACCCCAGACUGUGAAGACGACAAUGUAGGACGCAUUCUCAAUUCAGACAGCACCUCAGAUUUACGGUGGCGCAUCGGUGGAGCUGCGGAACGUCCUGCCAGGAACGAAUUUGCAAGCAGCAUUACGCGCGAUGUAUCGCGUGUUAUUCGAGAUAACAUAGCUGCGAAGCAAGGCGUCCAAAACCAUACGCCACUGCCUCAAACUCAACCUAUGCCACCCCUGACCUUCUCAAGUUCAACCGACACUCCUAGCACAAACCCCCCUACUACAUCACCUCUCCAUCUACGAAUAAACAUACUACAGAGCGGAAAGCGUAUUCUUCCCUCUUUCGAUCUACCCGCCAGCCAGUGUCCUGGUAUUGCAAAUGCGAAACAACUUCUGUCCCAUAAAUUUGCUGGUGAACUCCCCGGUAUUCCAUCGGAUCCUGACGCGGACCCCAAUGCCUGGAAUGCAUCCAUCGGAUGGAAAUUUAGAGUUUGGCUGCCAGAAGGACUCACCACUGUGGAGAAUGACGGUGACUGGACUCUAGCUCUACUGGCGGCGGAGAAGGUUGACUGGAUGGAUGGCGAGUUGAAGGUUCUCGUUGACAUCGAGAAUUCAUAG